AUGGACUACGGCAAGUGUGAGCUUAAAGUCGAGGGCAUGACUUGUGGUGCCUGUGUGGAGAGCAUCGAGAGUAUGAUGAGGAGGCAGGAUGGGAUACACAGUAUUACCGUCGCUCUGCUUGCCGAGAGAGCCGUGGUGGAAUAUGACCCAGAUAAGUGGGAUGUUGACAAGAUUGUCAAUGAAAUCUCCGACAUUGGUUUUGAUGCUACUUGGAUCCCUCCAGUCGCCUCCGACACGAUCACCCUCCGCAUUUACGGGAUGACCUGCUCCUCCUGCACAUCAACAGUCGAACGAGAACUGCUUGCCCUUCCCGGCGUAUCCAGCUGCUCCGUCUCCCUAGCAACCGAGACGUGCACAGUGGUGUUCGAUCGGACCCUGCUCGGCCCGCGCAACCUCGUCGAACGGGUUGAAGAACUCGGGUUCGAUACAAUCCUAAGCGUGGAGGACGAUGCAACACAAAUACGGUCUUUGACGCGUACGAAGGAGAUCCAGGAAUGGCGCGAACGGUUCUGGCGCAGUUUCUACUUUGCAAUCCCUGUUUUCCUCCUAAGCAUGGUUUGCCCGAUGCUGCCGAUUUUUGAACUGGUCGUCAACUAUCAACUCCUGCGUGGUAUUUUCCUCGGCGAUGUCAUAUGUCUUGUCCUCACUAUUCCCGUACAAUGCUUCCUUGCUCAACGAUUUUAUCGCAAUGCAUGGAAGGCGGUCCGCCACGGCAGUGCUACAAUGGACGUGCUCGUUGUGCUAGGCACGAGUGCAGCGUUCAUCUAUUCUGUGCUGGCGAUGCUUGCCGCGAUGUUCAGCACCACCGCGGGAUAUCACCCAGCGGUAUUUUUCGACACCUCCAGUAUGCUUAUUACAUUUGUUUCCCUUGGUCGAUAUCUCGAGAACAUGGCUAAGGGCAAGACAUCGGCCGCCCUAACCGAUCUCAUGGCACUCGCUCCUAGCAUGGCAACGAUCUACACUGACGCACCUGCAUGUACUCAGGAAAAGCGCAUAGCAACCGAACUCGUUCAAGUUGGGGACACCGUCAAGCUCGUUCCUGGUGAUAAGGUGCCUGCAGACGGGACAGUCGUGCGCGGGACGAGCAGCGUAGAUGAGAGCGCUGUGACUGGCGAACCCGUGCCCGUCCACAAGCAAACGGGUGACUCCGUCAUUGGUGGAACGGUCAACGGUCUCGGCACGUUCGACAUGGUCGUAACUCGGGCUGGCAAGGACACGGCGCUGAGCCAGAUCGUUAAACUCGUCGAGGAAGCGCAGACGAACAAGGCGCCUAUCCAAGCAUUCGCGGACCGCGUAGCGGGAUACUUUGUACCAACCGUCAUCACCCUCGCUGUGAUCACCUUCUCAGCAUGGAUGAUCGUUUCCCAUAUUGUCGAUAUGGCCGAGCUCCCGCACGUGUUCCGCAUGCCUGGUGCAUCGCGCCUCGCAGUUUGUCUCAAGCUUUGCAUCUCCGUCGUUGUUGUCGCCUGCCCUUGUGCACUCGGCCUGAGCACACCGACGGCAAUCAUGGUCGGCACCGGGGUAGGCGCCCAGAACGGCAUCUUGAUCAAGGGCGGCGGGCCGCUUGAGGCGAGCCGCCACAUUCGCAGGAUCGUCUUCGACAAGACGGGCACGAUUACUCAAGGCAAGCUCAGCGUCGCUAACCUGUGCUGGGCCAGCGCUGCGGACGAAUUGGUGCCGAGCGAGAAAACUGAGGUGCUUCAGCCUAGCAUUGCUAGUCUGGAAGCGAUGAGCGCAGAUGGACUAACAAGCAAGGCGAUCGUGCUUGGGAUCGUUGGUGCAGCUGAGACGAGGUCGGAGCAUCCGCUAGCUCGUGCGGUAGCGGCAUAUGCGAAGCAAGUGCUAAUCCAAGCCGGCAUCUACGGGCCGGAUAUUCAUCUUGAAUCCUUUGAAGGCGUCCCUGGGGAAGGUAUUCGAGCUCGGGUUACCGUGGAAGACCAUUUUGUCGGUGCAAAGGCUGGAUCCAGUGGCAAGCAUGGCUUGACCAUUCACAUUGGGAGCUCUGCUUUCGUCAGCAAGGACAUUGCUUUCGUGCCCAAUGCGCUCAGUGCCUUCGAGGAGUCUGAAUCAUUCCUUGGAAGAACAGUUAUAUUCGUUUCGCUGGCACAAGAUCGUGGAACCGCGCACGUAGCGCUCGCCUUCUCCCUCUCGGAUGAGCCAAAACCAUCGGCAGCGCCUGCAAUUCGAGCUCUGCAAGCAAUGGGUAUCGAAGUGAACAUGAUGACUGGCGACUCCGACACAACGGCAAAGGCUCUCGCAAAAGAGAUUGGCAUCCCACCGGAGGGCGUGUGGUCACGGGUCAGCCCUAAGGGCAAGGCAAAGUUGAUCGCAGAACUGAUGGAGAAGGACCGCGGAGGUGUGGCUAUGGUUGGUGAUGGUAUCAACGAUUCACCCGCUCUGGUUGCUGCUUCUGUUGGCAUCGCCCUUUCCUCAGGGACAUCAGUAGCGAUUGAAGCAGCAGACAUCGUACUGAUGCGGUCCGAUUUGCUCGACGUUGUUGCGGCCCUCCAUCUAUCCCGUUCAAUUUUCUCCGUCAUCCGUCGCAACCUUGUCUGGGCCUGCAUAUACAAUGUUCUCGGUAUCCCGCUUGCAAUGGGCAUCUUCCUACCUUGGGGUAUCCAUCUUCACCCCAUGAUGGCUGGUGCCGCAAUGGCAUUCUCGUCUGUGUCUGUUGUCACCAGUUCUCUAUCCCUUCGGUUAUGGCGCAGACCAGCAAGCAGCGUCAUGCCAGGCGAACCGACACCCAAAGAAGGUUGGAAAGAGGAUGCACGGAUAGUUAUGAGCUCUGCUUGGGAUGCGAUCGAAGGCGGUGUACGCACCAGAGUAAGGAGAGGUUAUCAACCCUUACCAAUUGAGCUUGGUCCCACGCCCACAACGGCGAACACGUUGAACACAUUCGCUUAG